AUGGACGAAGAAAUGGACGACGACCUGGUCGGAGAAUACACGACAGAUCUAGACCUCGAGGCAGAAAUCGAAGCAUUCCUCGAAGACGACGACGAUUCGCCGGAAUCAUCGCUUCUCAAGCCGAUCUGGCUGGCGGAGCUAGAAUCAGCGCUCAACGAUGAAGUUUAUGAUGGGGAUAUUUUGAGGAGCAUCAUUGACUCGAAUUGCCUCCCAGAAGAGUUGAGACUGAAGAUUUGGCCGGCGCUUUUGGGAGUUCAUGGGAAAAGGUCGAAUUUCAGAAGAAGAAAAGAGCUCCUCCUUAAAUCGUGCGAAUCAUCUUCAAAUCCCGAACUUGCCUCCUCCAUUAUCGCUGAAUACUCCCAAUCUCGUGGCGUUCCACCAAAAUCCGAAUUCGCCACGAUUCUAGCGCCCUUUCUCGCUCUCGGACUUGAAGAUAACGUUGUCUACAAUUGCUUCUACGCAGCUGUGAGCAAAUUUCACCCGAGAGUGGAGAGAGAAACGAUCAGAUGCUACUUAGAUUUGCUUGUACAGUACUUUGAUCCAGAAUAUGCGAGACUGCUGCAGUCGAAGAAAUUGGAUUACAGUAAAGUUGCGUGCGAUUGGAUCGAUAAUAUGUUCGUCAAUUGUCUUGGAGACGAAACGCUCUUGUCUUUCUUUGAUCUAGUGUUCCAGUCUACCGACAAUCUGGUACUCAUAUUCACCGCACUGGUCUGUCUUAUGAACCGGCGAGAUAAUCCCGAGCUCGACAUCAAAGAAAUUCAACCAGACGAUCUGUCGGACCUUAUUCAACUGGCGCAGUUCUAUCAAAGCAAGACCCCCGCCAGUUUUUUGCAGCGCAUGCGCGAAGAAAUUCAAAAAGGAAAGAAGCCAAAAGAAGAUAUCAACGACUUUUUGGUUCUACCGGUUUCGGCGGAGCAAGUUGUAAAGGAUGUCCUUAACGCUACCGCUGGAGUUGUCCUAGACAUUCGCCCCGACGCCAAUUUCGAGCACUCCCAUCUGAUCGGCUCCCUACGUCUUUCCUGCUGUAUCCAAGAUGAGCUGAUGGAGAUGACUUCUUUACGAGCAUCAGUGGAUAAAUUCCACUGGAAUCUAUCAUCUGAAUUGAAGAAAGACGGCCUAGAGGUUGAUCUGCCGGACAUUGUGCUCAUUGGCAGAGACGACUCGGAUUCAACGCUGUUUACGGUGGCAAAUGAGCUGCUCAGAGUAGGUUAUGUUGGCGUAGCGGUUGUUGUUGGUGGAUUCAAAGCUAUUGUCAAAGAAAUCCAAAGCAUCGGCUCAGAAGACUUGCUUCUUUGGAGCAAUCCCGACAACCCAAUCCUCCCAAAUGCGCCGGACUCAAGCUUCGGCGGCUGGUUCAACCUAUCCACUGCUUUCAACACGCUAAACUCAACUCUCGAAAAAGUGCUCCAAUUCGACGAAGACGCCGUCGAUACAAAUUUUUAA